AUGGAUUCUCCUGUAGAUUCGAAAGAUGGCUUUUCAACCUAUGAGGACACUCCUCGACCACGGACGCAGCUCAAGGAGCACAAAACACAUGUAUCACCUUUACCUUUCAGUGUGGAAGCGAUCAUGUUGGAUAGAAGAUCUCCUAGUGACAGAGGGAGACGCCACAGUGGUACGAUAAUCUCUCCCCUGGGGAAUUACUCUACAUCGGUGUCCAGAGAGGCGUCUAGUCCAGAAGACUUUCCUCACAACUUUGAGCCGUCUUCUUCGCUAGUUAAAUCAGAGACGUCUGAACCAGGGGACUUUGCGUCCAAUUUGUCUCCAGCGCUCAGUAAGUGCUCAACCUUAUACUGUAGAAGAGUUAUUGAAUAGACAAUGGCCUGGUCAUUUUUUGUCCCAAGGUGAUCAGUUGGGAAAUAUCCAUUAUUUAUGUUUUCUAAUGUAUUUUAGAAGUUGUAGCCUAUGUGGAAAUAAGAUAACUUUCUGAGUUAGAAUUGGAAAAGUCUUAGAAUGGUAUAAAACUAUUGCACACUAGCUACAGAUCAAUAUCAAUGCUUUAUAACCAUUCAAUAAACUGCAUAUCAUCAGGAGAGAAGGCUAAAUGUAUGUAUUUGUGUUAAUGCAGUGAGUAUACCAUACAUUAGGAACACCUUCCUAAUAUUGAGUUGCACCCCCUUUUUUUGCCCUCAGAACAGCCUCAAUUUGUGGGGCCAUGCAUUCUACAAUGUAUCAAAGCAUUCCAUAGGGAUGCUGGCCCAUGUUGACGCCAAUGCUUCCCACAGUUGUGUCCAGUUGGCUGGAUGUCCUUUGGGUGGUGGACUAUUCUUGAUACAUACAGGAAACUGCUGAGUGUGAAAAACCCAGCAGCGUUGCAGUUAUUGACACAACCCGGUGCACCCGGCACCUACUACCAUACCGCUUUCAAAGGCACUUAACUAUUUUGUCUUGCCCAUUCACCCUCUGAAUUGCACACAUUCACAAUCCAUGUCUCAAUUUUCUGAAGGCUUAAAAAUCCUUCUUUAACCUGCCUCCUCCCCUUCAUCUACACUGAUUGAAGUGGAUUUAACAAGUGACAUCAACAAGGGGUGAUAGCUUUCACCUGGAUUCACCUGGUCAAUCUAUGUCAUGGAAAGAGUCAUACAAAACCCAUGAAUGGACAGUAUACUUUUUGUCUAUUAGUGACAUGUUUAGGCUAAUGGAUGUUGACAAAUACCACAAGCACUCAUCAUGCCUUUACCCUUUAUUGAUACAUCCAUCCCUCCCUCCCUCCCUCUUUCCCUCCCUCUCUCCCUCUUUCCCUCCCUCCCUCCCUCUUUCCCUCCCUCCCUCCCGCCCUCUAGACCAGCUCAGUCCCUCCUUGAGGAAACACAAGACCAACAGGAAGCCCCGGACCCCCUUCACCACCUCCCAGCUCCUGUCCCUGGAGAGGAAGUUCCAUCAGAAACAGUACCUGUCCAUCGCAGAGCGGGCUGAGUUCUCCUCCUCCCUGUCCCUCUCAGAGACCCAGGUAAAGAUCUGGUUCCAGAAUCGACGGGCUAAAGCCAAGAGAUUGCAGGAGACAGAGGUGGAGAAACUCAAGAUGGCCACCGCAGGUGUUGGAUCCAAGCCGGGGUUCUAUCACUCGGGGUCCUCCUCGAUGCCGUUCCCCCUCUGUGUCAGUCUGGGUGGUCUGGGUGGGGGGGUCUCAGGGAUGUACGGAGGACAGGGGUACCCCUUCAGACGCACCCCUCUGUUAAAAACGGCACCACAUCUGGGAGUGUACACCUCACCAAUG